GGAGGGGCACGCGAAACAGGCGUAUAUAGAGGUUUCCAGCCAUGUCGUUCGACCAUAGCACAUCCACGUUUCGUCCAAGUCAGGGUAUUUUUUGUGUAAACGAGCGUUCCUCGUUCGACCAACGACAGAGAAAAUGAGAAUCCUCCAUUCCCUCAUAUUAUUUCUCGGUUGUUUAUUUGCACUCGGCAGCGGUGCCAUUGAAUCGUCGGAACCAAAGUUAAGCAGCAAAUUAACACCGGUGAACAGUCCAUCGUACGAGAAUAACAUCAAAGAUUUAACAGCGUCUGCGAGCGAUCGAAUUCCAUUGGUUCCAGCGUUUCACCUUAGCAAAGAGUAUGGUCAACCUACAGGAUACGGUGGAGGCGGACCAUAUGGAAGUUAUCUUGGUGGUUCGAUUUAUGGUCCUGGCACGGUAUAUCGUGGAACAGGCUUGAGCUCGGGAUAUCUAAAUCCAGGCUAUAGAGGCUAUCCAGUGGGUGGGCCAAGUGGAAUUAUCGGGGGCGGCCAUAUAGGGUAUGGCUAUUACGGGAACAUUGGGUACAAUCCGGGAUAUAGAGGCUAUGGUGGUUACGGGGGUUACGGAGGAUAUGGUGGAAGCACAUUAGGGGGCUAUGCUGGGUAUGGCAGUGGAUAUGCUCCAGGUGGUUACGGUUCUGGUACUUACGAUGAUGGAUACUAUGGGUAUGGUGGACGCGAUAGUUACGGACGUUACGGUGGAUUAGAUGGUUAUGGACGUUACGGUGGAUUAGAUGGGUAUGGUUAUGGGUAUGGAACUGGAUAUAGUGGAGGAUCGAAUUAUGGAUCCUCGUAUAACGUAAGGAGCAACUACGAUCCGUAUCGCAACACCAAUUAUGGAAGCUACGUUGGUAAUCCAUCGGGAUACAGAGGUUAUUCUUAAGUAGAACGAGGAGUAUCGUAAUUUACAAUAGAUUUUGCCUUUUUAAGAAAGGAUGCAGCGCAAUCAUUACAGCAGUAUUUGCCAAUACUGGGUUUAACUGUGCAUGUGGAGUGCAAAGUUUCAUUAAUAUUAAUAUUAGUUAUUAAUCUGUAUUAACAUCGGUAGAUUGUCAUUUUGUAUUAUUAUGAUUGAUAUUUCGUGAAUGAUGUACAUGAUAAUAAUAAAUACAGACCGGUUAUUAAA